CUGAAAUGAAAACUUUGAGAUGGAAAAGAAGCCUCGACUUUCUUCCAAAAUGAGGUUAAUAGGACAGGAAUAACUGGGACACCGCGGCAUUCGUAUUUGAUAUGGAGUAAGUGCGGGGGUUUCUUCUGAAUCGCAUCUGCUGUAUAUUGGGGGCGGGUGGCAGGCAGGAUGGCAGAGGGGGAGGACUGCGUCACCAUCGCUGACUGGAAGGAGAGAUGCAUCACCUUGGAGACGCUCCUUUUCAAAUUCCGGGAGCAGAUCAUGAAAAUCCGUCAGCUCACUGCCGAGAAGCUGCACCAGCUGGAGACUCAGGUGUUGGUGGCAGAGAAGCGAGCCUAUGAAGCCAACCAGCAGGUCCAGUGGAUGGAGGAGCGUCUGAAGGCAGCUGAUGGGAAACCUGGGGACUCUGAGCUGCAUCUCUUUAAGCGCUGUCAGGAGCUCCAGUCCCUGCUGCAGGAGAAAGAUGACCUCCUCACACUGCUCGAGCACCAGCUAGAAGAACAGAAGCAGAUCAGAGUGCAGGACGCCAAGACUGUGGAGGAAAAAGCAGCCAAGAUCAAAGAAUGGGUGAUGCUCAAACUCAAAGAGUUUGAGGUAGAAAACACCACCUUGAGGGAGACCAACCAGCAGCAAGGAGCUCAGAUACUGGCUCUACAGAAACAACUACAAGUCCUGGAGCAGAUGAGAUCAGGAGGUUCUGUCCAGUCUCGGCCCGGCGAGGCCCAUCGCCUCAGCAGCCUGACAUUCGGCUGUUUCCAGGUGCGGGGGAAGAGCCCGCAGGUCCUGACCGGCCCUCACUCCCCCCAGAGACCCAUCUGCAGUGACCUGCAGCCCAGGAGCACGGACAGGAGACCUUCCGCAGAUCGGGAUCGUCCAGAUGGCUCAGUGGAUGCAGAGGGUCUGUCCAGCGACCCCUCAGACAUCCCCAGACUGGACGCACGUGCCGAGGGGGAUCCCGGCCGAGGCGAGGGCUCUCCGUCCCGCGGUGCGGACUCCUCGACGGCGUCCCGGCCCGGCAGCGAGGCCUACCUGACGGCGUCGGACGACAGCAGCUCGCUCUUCGACGAGGACAUGCAGCGCGCCGAGCGGCCCGCCCUCCUACUCCGCCCCCACCGCCUCCGCCCCGGCGGCGAUGACGACGACGAUGAUGACGACGACGAACCCGGUGACCCCAACGGCAACGGCGCGUCCUCCCCCGACGACCUGAGCCGCCGGUUCCAGUCGCAGCGUCUCGACUCGUCGUGCGAUGCGGCUUCUGCCGCCGCCGCGUCCGCCCCAAGCCUGACGCCCGCGCUCACCCCGAAGCGGCCCACGUCCAGCCGCGACGCCGGCGCCAACCCAGCGUCCCCCAAGCAGCCCCGGCUACGCACGCCCGCGUCGGCAGGGGCCUCCGUGACGGGCGCGGGCCUCGCCAAGAGGCACCUCAGCCAGCCCAUGCCCCCGCCACCUCCACUGCUGCUGUACACGGACUCAGCCCACGGGGGCCACACACACGCGCACACACACACACACACGCGCAACGCCAUCAGCAUGCUGCGCCCGCCGCGUCCACAGGAGACCGACCUGGACCAAGAGCAGGAGGACAUGGACAUGAGCGGAGACGCGGAGGAGGAAAGGGGGGAGGAGGAAAGGGAGGAGGAGGAGAAAGGAGAGAGAGAGGAGAGGGAGAAGAAGACUGGCCUGGCUCCAACAGAAGGGCCUGGGACUGAAGCGCCACAGUCACCCCCAAAUUCAGUGCCAGCCAACAAACCCCCCACACCCCCACUGCAUCGCUUCCCCUCAUGGGAGAGUCGUAUCUAUGCAGUGGCCAAGUCUGGCAUCAGUUUGUGUGAGUCCUCUUGCACAAACGUGGCCAACAAAGAUGCCAGUCAGAAAUCAUCCUAUCCAGCAGUCCUACUCUACUCAUCACUCAUCUACAAGGACAUGACCAUGCCCACCUACACCACACUCAAAGGGAGAGCGACUCUGCUCUGCAGCGAUCUGUCGGACGAGUGCUGCAGCUCGUCAGAGGAGGAGAGUUCAGAGGAGUCGUGUGUGUCGGCCGGAGAAGACGGCUCCCUACGCAGCUCACACACCUCUGAGUCCAGCUCACACAAGGGCAGCCCGCGUACACUCAAGAGAGCUGUGUCCAUGUCCUCUAUGACCUCUGAGAGUGACUAUGCCAUCCCACCUGACGCCUACUCUACAGACACAGAGUGCUCUGAACCAGAACACAAAUUGCCUAAGACCUGCUCAACGGCCUGUGAUGGCGGAAAGAAUGAGUCGAUGGAGAAGUCUGGCUACCUGCUGAAGAUGGUAAAGACCUGGAAGAAGACAUGGAAGAGGCGCUGGUUUGUGCUAAAGGAUGGAGAACUGCUCUACUACAAGUCACCAAGUGACGUGAUACGUAAACCUCAGGGUCAGAUAGAGCUCAGUGCCUCCAGCAGCAUCUCCCGUGGUGAUGGAAAGCAAAUGCUUCAGGUGGUCACAGGUAAGCGUGUGUACAGUCUGAAGGCCGACUCUCCUAACCUGCUGGAGGAGUGGUUGCGGGUGCUACAGAGCGUGCUCCGAGUGAAGGCCGCCAGCCCCCUGUUCACCCAACCCGACGCCCGGCCCACCAUAAAGGGUCACAUGACCAAGGUCAGGCAUGGCUACAGCAAGCGUGUGUGGUGUGCACUCUUUGGAAAGACCCUCUACUACUUCCGCAGUCAAGAGGACAAGUUUCCUCUGGGUCAGAUCCGACUCUGGGAGGCUCGUGUGGAAGAGGUUGACCGAUCCUGUGACUCUGAGGACCAUAAGUGGGCGUUGCAGGAGGCCAAGUCCUCCAUGUGUACCCUGUUAGUCCAGCCCCCAGGCCAGGGUCCCACGCACCUGCUCCUGGAGUCUCCGCAGGAGAAGGUUGCAUGGCUGUACCAUCUCUCAGUGGCGGCGGGCACCAGUGUGGGUCAGGUUGGCACUGAGUUUGAGCAGCUGGUGGGAAAACUGUUCAGUGUGGAUGGAGACCCAGGUUCUCAGAUCUGGAGGCAUCCGGUGUUGUGUUUCAGUAAGGAGGCUCUCUGCUCCCCCCUCACCACCCUUCCCUCCAAAGCUCUCCAGACAGAGGCAGUCAAACUCUUCAAGACAUGUCAGCUGUUCAUCAAUGUGGCCAUAGAUGCACCUGCCAUUGACUACCACGUGUCUCUGGCCCAGAGUGCUUUGCAGGUGUGCCUGACACACCCUGAGCUGCAGAAUGAGUUCUAUUGUCAGCUCAUCAAGCAGACCAGGAAGAGACAACCACCAGGACAACCAGGGCCCCUGCAGGGUUGGCAGUUCCUGGCGUUGUGUGUGGGCUUAUUUAUGCCCCAACACCCUUUCCUCUGGCUUCUGCAUGUACACUUGAGCAAGCAUGGAGACUUCAGGACGGAGGUGGGGAAGUAUGCCAUCUACUGCCAGCGUUCUCUGGAGCGCACCCAGCAGAGAGGGGAGCGCCAGGCACGGCCCUCCAGGAUGGAGAUCCUCUCCCUGCUGCUGAGGAACCCCUACCACCACUCACUGCCCUUCAGCGUGCCUGUGCACUUCCUCAACAACACCUACCAGGUGGUGAGCUUUGACGCCUCGACUACAGUUGAAGAGUUCCAGAGCCGUCUGAACCAAGACACAUGCAUUAGAAAGACCAGCCAUUCUGGCUUCAGCCUCUACUCAGACGACCCGGCCGGACAAGACCUGGAGCACUACCUGCAGGGAGGCCUGAAGAUCUGUGACAUCAUUGCCAAAUGGGAGGAGGCCUCCAAACACACAGGCAAAUCAGAGACAGCCAAGAGUGUACGCUUCACCUACAAGAACAGGUUGUACUUCUCCCACCAGGUGAGGGGGGAGACGGAGCGAGAACGUCUGCUCCUGGCCUACCAGACCAAUGAGGAGAUUGUAGCGGGACACUUCCCAGUCAACAAGGAGCUGGCCCUAGAGAUGUCUGCCUUACUGGCUCAGGUGGAGUUUGGGGACUUUGAUCGUCCCUUCUCCCCGUCAGGAUCAGCUGCCUCUCAGAAUAAGUCCAGCCAGACUCUCAAGCAGGUGUUAGAGCGCUUCUACCCCAAACACUACAGACGGGCCUGCUCCGAUGAACAGCUCAGGCAGCUGAGUCAGCGCCUCUCGAGCCGCUGGGCUUCCCUCAGGGGUCGAAGUUCGCCAGAGUGUGUGCGCAUCUACCUGACUGUGGCACGCAAGUGGACAUUCUUCGGAGCCAAGCUCUUCGAUGCAGAGCCCAUCUCUCCUUCACUACCGAAUGGACGUGUUUGGUUGGCAGUACAUGAGGAGGGCAUCAGUGUACUCGAGUUCAACUCUAUUAAGCUGCUGGUGUCCCACCCUCUGAGAACCAUUGUGUCGUUUGGGGCGAGUGGUCAGGACUUCAUGCUGGUGGUCAGCAGGGCCACUGGAGGAAACACCUGCAAGGAGAAACCCACAGAGAAACACCUGUUUGCUAUGGCAACAUCAAAGCUCCGGGAGCUCACCCUUCUCAUCGCCGCCUUCACCAACUGUGCUCACCAGCAGAAAUCGGCGGCGCACCAUCUCUCGGCUCCUGCGCUCCUCUUGGCCCAGCCUGACCUCAAGAGCCGUGACCUCCGAUCCAGAUCCCCACCCACACCUUCCAGCAGACCCAGCAAAGCCCCCACUCUCUUGUAAGAGCGCCCCCCAGUGUGCAGAAGUGGAAGUGCAUGCUAAUGCAAUAGGGAUUCCUCUAUUAUCUAGCUAGCUAACUUGCCAUUUAGAGUUUACUAUCCUGGGCCAAUCUGUUGAAAUUGUUGUCUAGAGGUAGUUACCAAAGAAAUUAACUUUAAGUUACAUGGUACAAGAUAACAAUCUUUACAAUCUUUUCUCUUAGAAACACCUCACACUUCCAAACGCUUCUGUAAUCGUAGCCCCUUGAGCUCUUGAAAAUGGCAUCGGUACUGUCAUUCCAACCCACAUGAAGUGCACUGUUUAUCAUAGUUAUCUCCAGACAGAGAUAUGAUGUGUUGUGUUUUGGAGGGCUCUAAGGUGCUUCCAUGCCUUUUAUGGCCGCGCGUGAGGAAGCUAGACUUGCCAGCUUAAAGUAUUUAUGGAUUUGUUAUUACUUUAUGCCAGACUUGACUUGUGCCAAAGACUUUCACACACCCACACACACUCUCCUGGGAGUGUACUGCGUAAUGAAGGAUUUCCCCUCUCUCUCUCUCUCUCUCUCUCUCUCUCUCUCUCUCUCUCUCUGCUUCACUGUCUCUCUGUCUCCUCUUCUCUCUUUUGAGUUUCCUUGGGUUCAUUACAUAUGAAUGAAAGGUAGAUGUCAUUUUGUUUCAGUCUUUGUUUAAUGGACCAAAAUGAAGAGAACAGUACCAAAUAUCAGGGAAGUUUCUUGUCCUUAUGGGGCUGACUUCAGCAACUUUAUCAUACACCUUUAAAGUACCAAAUACACCUUUAAAGUACCAAAAUGAUUUACACAGAUUAAUAAAUAUAAGUAUGAAAUAUGAAGUAUAUGUCUUAAUGUAAAUGUAAUUUAUUACUUUCCUGAUAUAGCGCUUCCAAAUAAAACCUCACUGGUUGGAGUGUAACAGUGAAGUGCAGUAGAUAUCUACGGUGGAGUUUCUAUGGGGCAGUAUAACUGGCCAGCAUUCAAGUAGGGAGGGAUUUUAGGAGAUAGUUCUCCACUGAAAUGAAUAGUGUGUAAGAGGGUCUGGUUGAAUAUAUGUGUCUGUGGAUUUAUGUGUGGGGUGUGAAGAUGUAUUGUGGUGUGUGUGUGUGGGGGGGGGGGGGGGGGGGUCUGUCUGUGUGUCUGUCUUAGCUUUGGUUGAGUGUGUCUGAGUGGUAUUGAUAUGAAGGUUUUUGUAAUGAAAGGCUAGUGUCCUCAGGUAAGAUUUAGAAGGGAAAGGCGAAUGUGUCAGUAGAAGGUUUCAUAUCAUGUGUUCUGGAUGUAUUGCCUCCUCUGAGAAAAUCCAUGGGAUGAUGUUGUGUCGAAUAAGUACAAAAAAGAAGAACGUGCACAUCCAGAUUCAAACAGGUGCUGGACCAGAAUACUUCAGAAAUAAAAAAUGACGUUAGUCCGCACACUGAGAACUCCCAUUUUAAUCACCACAUGUGACGUUUCGGGCUGAAUACCCUUCUUCAGACAUGAUGUUGUGUCGACACACAAGCGCGAUAAGAUGCAAAGGGACAAUAAAACAGUGUUGCUAAGAAAAGACCUAAGAUUCUCACGGCAUGUAUGGACAGGUUUGUCUGUUUAUUGUGCAUUUUCGAUUGCAUCAUCAUUGCAAUCCCAUUUUAAAAAAAAAGGGGGAAGAUAAGCCUACGGAAGCAUAGAAGGGAUUCCAGGAAGUGAAAUUAGCCUCAUGGGAAGACCAAAGGGAAGUGUCAGGUCAGGAAGAAGUCGUUAGGAAGAGUUCAGAGUAGGUAACGGUACGUCACCCGCAAACACCAGGAUCGAUUUAUAAUGGUGAUGAUGUUCUAUAUGUGUCUUAUCAUUUUCAAUGCAGGCAUUAGUACUGUCUGUUGAGAAUAAUAAAAGUUAAUGACAACCAAACUGGAAGAUGUUGAAGUGUAGCUGUAUUUAUUGCACAGCUGUGAGUUUUUAAUGAAAUCUAUCUAUGAGAGUCUGGGAUUUUCACAAAUGUAUCCAUAAAUAUUUGAAUAAACACCUUGGAAAAGACA